GUGGACUUUUGGUGAAGUUCCGCAUGGAGGCACGGAUUUUCUGUCAGUCUUUGUCCAUUUUUCGGGGAGCGGGAAUUCUGCCCCGUCCGCUUUACUGCCUCCUCGAGCCUGCAUAAAAGCAUGGCCCACUUGAGCAAGCUUCAUUUCGUGCUCAGACAAAAUGAAGCUCUCCUUCUCAACUGCAAUUGUUACCUUUGCUGCUGUCUUAGCUGCAGGCACUCCAGCAGCUGCUCAGUCGUGUUCCGAGGCUGAACGCUUUGGAAUUGUCACAGUCACUCCCUCGACACUCUCUCCUGGUGACAACUUCACUGUGACAGCAAACUUUACCUGCGCAGGUCAACUUGGUGUGCACCCCCAGUACACUGACUACUACAUUGAAGUUCCUGUGAACAACAACGGCUACGAGCCUCCUAUUCUACUUGCCCGUCGCACCCUCAACGCGAGUUCACCAACUCCUCUCUUCGACGAGUUCACAGUUCAGCUCCCGUAUGCGUACUACUUUAAUGCCAGUUAUGUAGUCAUGCUGGACACUACCUAUCCAGAGACUGGAGCCAACGGGUCCACGUACUCUGUUGUCGGAAGUGUUGAGCACAACAUCGCAAUCGUCUAAAUGAUGAAGGGAAGUGCUGGUGAAUGAGAGCUAUAUGGACUGUUUUGGCACGCUUCCUAUGGACUAAAAUUGCUACCUUUCGUUGUCUAUUACUCGGACCUUGUUCGUGACAAUUAGUGGCAAACGUCACAUUAUACUUACACGAGCAACGAUAUAACAUUGACUGUAACCUCUUCAUUGCGCAUUCGAUUUUUUUUAACUUCUUCAAGUGGAGCCUUCUAGCCUCUUCAGUUGCGAUACUGCAACAUUCACAACAUCACUGUUCUACCUUCAGCCCACGAUCGGUGAAGCUGGUAGACGACAGGUGUUCGAGUAUCUAGGAUUUUAACAGCCCCUGCAUCAAUUGGGCGGGUUGGACGUGUCUAUCUGCUUUCAAAGCUUGAGACAAUUCGCGAAAACUUUGCAGCAUGUGUCCUCCUCAUCACGUAAGACAUCAUCCCCCUAUUGUUACCCUUACUCCAGCCAGCAGCACCACCGCAGCCCAG